CUUUUUUUUCAAAUACAUAAUGGUUAAAAUGCUUAUGGAACCAACUACCUCAGAGUCCUACAGCAUCGGCAAAUAGAAAUUUUAACACACAAACUUCAAGGAUCUAACAAUCAUAUUGUUAGACCUGUUGUUACUAAGGUCUAUGAACGCAGAAAGAAGGGUGAAAAUAAGGCUUAAAUAUAGUUGUUUUAUUUAUUAAUUAUUAUGUGAAUGUAAUUCUAGUAGUUAUCUAGUAGUUAUCUAGCAGUUAACUAGCAGUUUAGGUAGUUAUUUGGGGAUAAAUAGUACUGGGAAAAGGAAAAAGACAGGAUUUUGGUGGGUAAGGAUUUCUCAGGCAGAUUUGGAGGUUAAGGUUCCUCGAAAUACCUUGAAUGUUAGAAGUAUUCUCUACUAACUAUUUGUAUAACAUAUUCUAAUUAUCUGUAGCAGUAAAUAUUAGUUGAAGUGUUGUUCCUACUUCUGUCUUGUGUUUGGAAGUUUACAGAUUUAUUAUUAGAGAAUUGUGGGUUCCUAACAAUUUUGGUAUCAGAGCCUUUAUGGUUUCAACCAGAAUGGAAGGGAGGAUUGAAGGAUUAGAGAAGACAAUGGAUGAAGUACAACAUGAGAUUGGUUCAGUACGUGAUUACAUAGGGCAGUUACGAGACUGGAUGCAAAAAAAAGAUGAGCGUGACGCUGAAAUUCUUCAACAUAUGAAAGGAAAAUCAGUGGUUCAGGAAGAUCCAAUUAAAGACACAGAUGUAAUGGCAGAGAACAGCCACAAUCGCAGAGGUGACAGAUUUCGGGAAGUUCAACCACAAUUUCGUGAUGAAACACGUCCUAGACGACUGGAACUACCCUUAUUUUCUGGUGAUAAUCCUUAUGGGUGGCUUAAUAGAGCAGAGCGUUAUUUUCAUUUCAAUGGCAUUGAUGACACGGAUAAAUUGGAGGCUGCUGCUGUUUGCCUUGAAGGUAGAGCCCUGAAUUGGUUCCAAUGGUGGGAGACCAGAACACCGGUUGUCACAUGGGAUGUGUUUCGAGUAGCCAUACUCCAACGAUUUACUCCAUCACAGUUAGGGAACUUAUAUGAGGUUUUGAUAGGAUUGCAACAAACUGGAAGUGUGGCCCAAUAUAGAGAAGAUUUUGAGUUGCUUUCAGCACCCUUGAAAGAUGUUGAUGAUGAGGUUUUGGUAGGAAUUUUUAUAAAUGGACUGAGAGGGGAAAUCAAGGCAGAAUUGCGUCUUAGCAAGUUGGGAACUCUAACCCAAAUUAUGGACCAAAGCCAACGUAUUGAAGAAAAGAAUUGGGCUCUCAGCCAAGUCCACUUGCAGAGAUCUAUGCCGAUAACACUUCCUAAGGUGUCAACGCAUUUUCCAGGGACUGACAAUAGCCGGACAGGAAGUGCUACAAGUUCCCAUGUGCGUGUAGCCACAACACCAUAUCAUUCUGCCCGUACAACAGUUUCAGCAGUACCACGACAUUUUCAAGAGCAAAAGCGUGGAGAGAUCAUGCAGCCAGGACUUGAAACUUCAGCAAGGCGUGGUGGAGCAUACAAAAGGCUAUCUGAUGCAGAGUAUCAGGAUAAAUUAAGAAGAGGACUUUGUUUUCGCUGCGAUGAAAAAUAUGGCCCCAAUCACCGGUGCAAUUCUAGACAGUUAAAUCUGCUUAUUGUAGCAUCAGAGGACAGCGAAGAUGGAGAUAUAGAAGAGCAUUCAAAUGAAAUAAUAGAUGCAGGGGUGAAUCAGUUAAAUGUUCAAGAACAACCAGAGUCUCAAAAGUUAAUGGAAUUGUCUUUGUACUCUAUUGCAGGAUUUACCACAAAGAAGUCCUUGAAGGUAGGGGGAACAAUAUUGGGGAAAAAGGUUAUUGUGUUGAUUGAUAGCGGAGCCUCAACAAAUUUUAUUUCUCGCAAUGUUGCCGAAGAAUUAGGGUUAAAGCAAACAGAAACUAAGUCAAUUGUGGUGGAAGUAGGGAAUGGGCAACAAGUAAAGAGUAGGGGAAGUUGUAAAGCUGUGGAACUAUGGAUUGAUAAAUUGUGCAUAACACAAGAUUAUUUCCUUUUUAAUUUGGGAAGUGCCGAUGUUGUGUUGGGACUAGAGUGGCUGGAGACUUUGGGGGAUAUUCAAGCUAAUUUCAAAACGUUGACGUUGAAAUUUGAAAUAAGAGGGCAAACACAAGUUGUUCGAGGAGACCCCUCAUUAUCCAAAUCAGUGGUUUCACUCAAAACUCUGUUUAAAGCCUUGCAAACAGAUGGAGAAGGAUAUUAUCUUGACCUCAAUGAGUUAACAGCAAGGGAAGAACAAGAGAAUAUGAAUUUGCAGCAGUUAUUAGAAGAAUUUGGAACUUUAUUUGAGGAUCUGCAAGGGCUGCCACCAAAUAGGAGUCAUGAUCAUGCUAUCCAACUUAAAGAGGGAUCAAAUCCACCUAAUAUUCGUCCAUACCGUUACCCCCAUUAUCAAAAAAAUGAGAUUGAGCGAAUCGUCCAGGAAAUGCUUGUAGCUGGUAUCAUUCAACCAAGUACAAGUCCUUUCUCCAGUCCAGUGUUGCUAGUUCGAAAAAAAGAUGGUAGUUGGAGAUUUUGUGUGGAUUAUCGGGCCCUUAAUAAGAUCACUGUUCCAGAUAAAUUUCCAAUUCCAGCAAUCGAUGAAUUACUGGAUGAGCUUGGGGGUGCCACUGUUUUUUCAAAAUUGGAUCUAAGAUCGGGGUACCAUCAAAUUCGAGUUUGCAAGGAGGAUGUAGCAAAAACAGCAUUUCGCACACAUGAAGGCCAUUAUGAGUUUUUGGUCAUGCCAUUUGGGUUGUCAAACGCUCCAUCUACUUUUCAAGCCUUGAUGAAUGAGAUAUUUCGGCUUCACUUACGUAAGUUUGUAUUGGUCUUUUUUGAUGACAUAUUAGUUUAUAGUGCAGAUUUUUCUACUCACUUGGGUCAUUUGCGGGAGGUGCUGCAAAUUUUAAAACAUCAUAACCUGGUUGUCAAUCGAAAAAAAUGUCAUUUUGGUCAACCACAACUAGAGUAUUUGGGACAUAUUAUUUCCGCAAGUGGAGUCUCAGCGGAUCCUGCCAAAAUAACAAGCAUGAUUAAUUGGCCAAAUCCCAAAGAUGUUAAAGGUUUGCGGGGUUUUUUGGGACUUACUGGUUACUAUAGGAAGUUUGUUCGUGACUAUGGGAAAAUAGCCCGGCCACUCACACAAUUGCUCAAGAAAGAUGCUUUUCAUUGGAAUAAAGAAGCUCAGUUAGCUUUUGAGUCUCUUAAGGAGGCUAUGGUCACUUUGCCGGUUUUGGCACUACCAAAUUUUAAAAAAGUGUUUGUGGUUGAGACAGAUGCUUCAGGAUUAGGGAUUGGAGCUGUCCUAAUGCAAGAAGGACAUCCCAUCGCUUUUCUUAGUCAAGGAUUUUCUAUUCGUGCUCAAUCCAAAUCAGUAUAUGAGAGGGAGUUAAUGGCCAUUGUUUUUGCUGUACAAAAGUGGCGUCAUUACCUGAUGGGUAAGCAUAUCAUUAUACGAACAGAUCAACGAAGUCUCCAAUUUCUCAUGGGGCAACAUGUUAUGGCAGAGGAGCAACAAAAAUGGGUUACUAAGUUGAUGGGGUUUGAUUUUGAGAUUCAAUAUCGACCGGGUUGUGAAAAUAAAGCAGCUGAUGCCUUGUCUCGCCAAUUUCAUUUCAUGGCUUUUUCUGUUCUACGCAGCAGUACAUUAGAUGAUCUUUCCACAGAAAUUCAACAGGAUGAUCAACUCCGUAAAUUGACUCAAGAGUUGCUGCAAAAUCCGGCUUCACGACCGAAUUAUGUUCUAAAGAAUGGCUGCCUAUUUUUCAAAAGUCGGCUGGUGAUUCCCCGUUCGUCAUUACACAUUCCCACACUCCUUAGGGAAUUUCACUCUUCACCUACUGGAGGACACUCAGGUUUUUUCCGUACAUACAAACGCAUUUCACAAGUGUUGUAUUGGAAUGGAAUCAAAAGGGAUGUACAAAACUAUGUGGCUAGUUGUGAAGUUUGCAAGCAAAACAAGUAUGAAGCCCUAAGUCUCGCUGGCUUGUUGCAACCAUUACCUAUUCCUACUCAAGUUUGGAAUGAUAUUGCUAUGGAUUUCAUCAGUGGGUUACCAAAAGCAAUGGGACAUGAUACUAUACUUGUGGUGGUGGACCAUUUCACUAAAUAUUGUCAUUUCCUCCUCUUAUGUCAUCCCUAUACAGCAAAGAGUGUUGCUGAGUUAUUUGUUCGUGAGAUUGUACGUUUGCAUGGUUUUCCCAAAACAAUUGUGUCUGAUCGCGAUCGGAUUUUUGUCAGCCAAUUUUGGCAAGAAUUAUUCAAGUUGUCCGGUACUAGCCUCAAAUUAAGCUCAGGUUAUCACCCUCAAACAGAUGGUCAAACUGAGGUUGUCAACCGUUCUUUGGAAACUUAUUUGCGUUGCUUUUCAGGAGCACAUCCAAAACAAUGGCCAAGAUGGAUUCCUUGGGCUGAAUUUUGGUUCAAUACCACUUACCAUGGUUCCGCCAAGAUGACCCCUUUCAGAGCUUUAUAUGGGCGAGAUCCUCCUUCUUUGUUGCGGUUUACUGAUGAAAUUUCUGCUGUUGAAGAGGUCAACCAGCAGCUUAUGGCUCGCAACAAUAUUUUAGAUGAACUCAAAGAUAAUCUAAUUCAUGCUCAAGCUCAAAUGAAAGUCUAUGCUGAUGCUAAGCGUCGUGAAGUUGUGUUUCAGCCUGGUGAUUUGGUUUAUCUUCGUGUGCAACCUUUCAAGCUUCGCUCACUUGCUAAAAAAGUUAAUCAGAAGUUAAGUCCUCGUUACUAUGGGCCAUAUACCAUAUUGAAUAAAAUUGGUGAAGUUGCUUAUCGCCUUGAUUUACCCCCUCAUUCACGGGUGCACCCUGUAUUUCAUGUUUCUUGGUUAAAGCGCGCAGUUAAGGAUUCUACUCCAGUUCAGCAGCUCCCUCCUUUCUUAUCUGAUGAGCUUGAACUACAAGUGCAACCAGAAGGUGUAGUGGACUGUCAUACACUCUUGAAUGGUUCCAAAGAGGUGUUGAUUAAAUGGGAGGGCUUACCAGACUUUGAAAACACUUGGGAAUCCUAUGAGAUCAUUGAUGCACAGUUUCCUCAUUUUCACCUUGAGGACAAGGUGAAGCUCGUUGGGGCGGGUAUUGUUAGACCUGUUGUUACUAAGGUCUAUGAACGCAGAAAGAAGGGUGAAAAUAAGUACUGGGAAAAGGAAAAAGACAGGAUUUUGGUGGGUAAGGAUUUCUCAGGCAGAUUUGGAGAAACUCAAGAAAAAAGAAGUGACUGCAUGAGAACAUAUUGGUCCUUCAGAAAAAAUUCCAUGGAGAGAAACCAUUCUUUCCAGUACCAUCCCAAGGCCUUCCAUGUAUUUGGUCCUCGACACAUUUCUUCUCCUGGAUGGAGAGAACUCAUCAGCUCCAGUUGGAAGAACGAAAGCUACAAAAGAGUAGUGAUGGCCUGUUUUGUACAAUCAGCAUACUUGCUUGAACUAGACAGACAAGAAAAUAGGUACGGCCUAGAAACUGCCCUUGCACCACAGUGGUGGACACCCUUUAAGUACAAACUGGUUGAACCCCUUGUAGAUGAAAGAGAUGGUUCGAUAUUUGCUGCAGUUUUGGAAUGGGAUCAAGCAGCAGCCCUGGCUGAUUUUAUACCAAUAAGACCAACUGGUGCACCAAAAGUGGUAUUAGCCAUCAGAGGAACACUCUUGAAGAACCCCACAAUAAGGAGAGACGUCGAGGAUGAUCUACGUUACUUAGCAUGGGAAAGUCUCAAAGGAUCCUUCAGAUUCGAAAGACUCUUAACGGCUCUAAAAUCAAUCAUCUUCAACCAGCAAGGGAGCAAAAAUGUGUCCAUCACAGGGCACUCAUUAGGAGCUGGUUUUGCUCUCGAGGUAUACAAGGCGUUAGCUGCUGAAGGAACUUAUGUAGAAGCACAUCUUUUCAAUCCACCAUCUGUUUCAUUGGCCAUGAGUUAUAGAAUCUUGAGUGGAAAAGCUGGAUUUGUGUGGAAAAGGUUCAAAUCAAUGCUUCCUUCUAACUCAGAGUUUCAUAGCAAGAGCAUCGCAGAGGAUGCAGCUGAAUCUACAGAAUCAAGAAUCACUUCAGAGCUUAAGCAAAUGCUGCCUAUGCCUCAUUUGUAUGUUAACACAAGUGACUACAUAUGCUGCUACUACAAUUAUCCAGAUGGAGUACAAAACAAUAGUUUCAAUAUUGGUAAUAAGGAGAAAGAAGUAAAACCUGGUGGAAAUGCGCUAACCGGUGUAAAGCUUUUUGUGGUGUCAAAGGCAAAGCAGAGGUUUCUUGAGGCACAUAGGCUUAAACAAUGGUGGUCUGAUGACUUGGAACUCCAAAUGGCUCUCAAUAACAGCAUGCUAAUAAGUAGGCAGCUCAACUCCUUGUACACCAUUCAACCUCCAAAACAAACUCAAGGCUAGGCUCAAGUGUACUUGAAUUUGGACUGGUAAAAAUAUGGAAAUUUCAAGAUAAGAGAUUGUAAGUCUUGAGAUUUUGCAUUUGACUUAUGAAUGAAUUGAGUUACCUAGCUCUUAUAUAAACA